AUGAAUGGAUUUAAGCUGCUGAACAUUUCCAAACUGAUUGCUGGAAGUCCCUUUGUGACAUCUGACCUGUUCCCACUGCUGUGCAUGAACCUGGAGCACCUCGGCAAGGGGGGUCUGGGCCAUCCCCCGGCCGAGUCGCACCUGGCCGCGCCGCCGAGGAGCAAGCGAUGUUCCUGCAACAGCUGGCUGGAUAAGGAAUGCAUCUACUUCUGUCACCUGGACAUCAUCUGGGUCAACACCCCUGGGCACACCGCUCCCUAUGGCUUGGGCAGCCCGCCCAGGCGGCGCAAGAGGUCGGCGGGCAGGUGCGAGUGCCAGCACUCCAGGGACAGCUUCUGUGCCACCUUCUGCCAGGGCAGGCCAGGGUACCUCCAGAGUCUGAAGCUCCCCAUGAGCUCCGGAGCAUCAGCGAGGUCUCUGCAGAGCGGUGCCACGAGGCCUCCCCACCACGGGCUGCUGAGAGCUCUCAGGGACCUCAGGGCCUCCAGCCCGCGCUCCAGCCACCGCCAGCAGCGCUCCCGGAGGGACACACAGCCACCGGCUCUGCCCUGGGAAAAAAACAUCUGGAGGAAGAAGAGAUAAGAGGCAGGUGCACACCAAGCUCACCAGAAGAAUUUGGAGUCCUGUGGGUGCCACCAGCUCCGCUGCUGGCUGUUGGAGCUGAAGGGAAGGCCGUGAGCGGAAGGAAGUGGAAGUCUCCGUGCUCCUGCUGCGUGAUCCGGCACUCAAGGGACUGCUGUAAAGGGAAAAACUCUCUCCGUACAGCCAGAGAAGUGUCCUGGAGCUGAAUUGUGCCUUUUUGGAUCGAGCAAGGGUCGUGCUGGAGCAGCACCAGCCAGACCCUGGCCUGGAGCCUCAGCAGGGGCUCAGCCCACGUGUGGUGGGUGAACUGGGGGGCUCUGGGCAGUGCUGGACCCAGCCCACGUGUGGUGGGUGAACUGGGGGGCUCUGGGCAGUGCUGGACCCAGCCCAUCGCUGGCCUGGGCUGCUCUGCCUCGGAGCUGGCCAUGUCCAGAGGGGUUUGGCUGCUCACUGUGGUCAGGGGAGAGCUGCCCCCAGCCCGAGCCCACCUUUGCACUAUUCUGUCAGUCAGUGCCUGUGGAUGAAGCUGCCGUGGUGGAACAGCUCCUAGUUUGUAUUAAAAGUUUAUUUCAUCAUCACCUGGAGCCAGCUGAGCAGUCAAGGGCGUUCACUGGCUGAGAAAUCGCUGAGGUGGAUUUCCACUGAGGUCCUGGCUGAGGUGGAGGAUCAGUUAGCCCAGGGAGGGCAGCAAAGCCAGGUGUGGCUGCUGUGGGGCUGGCUUUGAGCAGGGCUUGAGCCUGGUCUGGGUCUGUGACCCCAUCUCUUCUCCUUGGACACCCCCUCAGUGAGGAUUUCCAGCUCCUGAGUACCCCAGCUCUGCCUGGAGGGAAGGGCUGGGGCAGAGAGGGGUGGUGGGGAGAGGGCAGCAAAGCCUGGCUUGCUGCUUGGCUUAGGGCAGCUCUGAGUCAGGCUCUGGGCAGUAAAUGACCACCCAGGGGUGUCAGGUCACCGUGGGAAGGGGAACCUGGGUGGGGAAUGCAUCAGGUGAGGGGCAGCCAGGUAGGGAUGGUGUGGAGGGAAGGACUGGUGGGAACAGGGCUGGAGCUGGGUGAUCUUUAAGGUCCAUUCCAACCCAAACCCUGCCGUGAUUCUGUAAGAGAGCACAGCCCUGUCUGAGCUUAGGCUCAGGUUUAAACCCAGAUCUGCUGGCUCAGGGGAGAGAAGGAAAAAUUUGGGAAAACCACUGAGCCCAGGGCCUAGAAACCAACCUUGCAGGCAAGGGCAGCCUCAGGGCUCCGGAGCUGUGCCACAAAUGCACUUUUGUCUGCCUGGGCAGAGCUCUGCAGGAAGCCAGGGCUGCACCUGGGCAGGUGAAGAGCUGCUCUCCACUGCUGGCUCCUCUGCUGCCCACGCCAGGACUGCACAGGAGCUUUGGAAAGGCUGCUUGAAGUUGGUGGUGGACCAAAAUCUGUGGCUGUUGCAAGUGUAGUCCCGAUGGACAAGAAAAAGAAUUCCUUGAUUUUGCUUUAAGCCCUGGAUUAAUCAUUUGGUCCCCAAAGCUGCAGAGAAUCUGUUUUUAUCUUUGACCUUCUGAAGGUUGGAGUCACUCUAAAAAAAACAAAAGAAGAAAAUCCUGAAAGGGUUUGUUCCAGAGGAAAUUUUGCACAUGGUUUAAUGUGAGUAAUUUAAAAUAAAACUACUGCUGUAAAGUACUCUGUCAAUCUCCUCGUGUGUGUAAUGUCCCAGCCUGAAGUGACUUAUUGCACACCUGCCAUAUGUAGCAUCCUGAAAUCUGUAUAUUUAUUUAAAUCUAUUGAUUUUUUUUUUUAGACAGUGAUU